AUGCAGGCGGCCAGCGCUGGCGUAACGCCGCGUGCGCCGCCCAGCGACAAGGAACGGAAGCUUAUGGAAGUCUUGUUGCAGGCAGCAGAAUCGCGCGUGGUGCCGGUGUUAGCGUGUGUCAAGGGCUGGCCGUUGGAGGCGCAGGCGGAUCUGGCCAACUGGCGUCCGGUGCUAUUGAAGCUACACAGGCUGCUACUGGGAGCGUUACACCAAUGUCCCCGCCUACUAUUGGUGGAAACAGAGCUGGAGAAGAUGGAUCAGGCAAUCACGACGCAGGCAGUGCAAGAACUGACAGAGUUAGUAUACGAGAUCUUGAAGUUUUCGGGGUUCCUGCUCGAGAACGCCACUAAUAAGGCAGUGUAUCCAUCUGCUGAUCUCGCGAUGGCUCUACUAGCAGCUAGAAAUGAACGAGUUGUGUUCGAGGCAACAAAAGUGGCGGCCAUGUUAGCAUUGCCCCCUCAAGUACAUCGCUACGCUGCAGAUCCCACGAGUUUUAUGGACCCUGCAGCCAGUAAGAAUAAUUUACUGAGACGGAGAUUGCUGACGGUAGUGCAAGGACGAGGAGCGCCCAAGAACAGCUUGGAGGUGGUGGACUAUUUGAAUGCGGCGAGUGCUGCCACCUCCAAAGACGUGGACUUUCAGUUUUACAGUUCAGACCAGGACGAGAAUGCGACGGCUCAUGUUGUGAGUGUAACGAUCCCUCCCUAUGGGGAAGUAGUGACAGCUGCUACAUCUCCUCCGGAGGUUGCGUGUGCAGCGGCAACGGCGUGUGAACGUCUGAUUGAACAGCACAAAAUUCCCAAGAGAUUUCAUUUCCAGUUAUAUACACAGGUGCGAGCGUGUUAUGCGUCUCGUAGUGCGUUGGCGCGGGAGAAUUUGGUGGUGGAACGACUGCACGCGCUGCUUGCGCUGUUUUCGCUGUUCAGUGAUGCGUGGGAUGUGACGAAUUACGUGGAACAGCACCCAGAGCUGACGCGAGGGAUCGUGGAGCUUAUUCGCGUCGAGAGUAUUGAGCACGUGCCUGUGCGCGUGCGAGUUACAGCAUUACUUGUGCUGACGGCGUUAGUGAACGAUCGAGUUGGGAGAGCAGGUGGGAUGGGUUUGCUUGGCCGGCAGUCCAACGUAUUGCAGGCUUUGGGCGUGGUUAAGGGAACGCCACACGGAGUUUUUCCUUCGCUCGUGCGUUUUUGUAUGGCAGAACUGGGUGAUGUGACGGCGCUUGGCUCUGCUUCAGGAGCUGCGUCACCUCCCAUCACAUCAGAAACAUCGGAUACAGAUAUGGAUAUGAGUCUGGCAGUCGCGUUUGUGCAGGCAACUACAGACUUGUUGUCUCCUCAAGAGGCCGAGGUGGUCAGUGCUCCUCCAUUCCGAAGUGUCAGCAGCGGAAGCGUUCAGGAGAUUAAACUCUGCUGGAUGGAGGCUGUUUUAGGACUACUGACUGCUGUGGUGGCCAUUCAGUCUGGUGCUGCUGUUCUCACGGAAAAUGGAAUUGUUCCAGCUCUUCUACAUGUGCUCACAAUGCCGUCGGUGAAUGCGUUUCACAUGGCCGUCACGACUCAGUGUGUGCAAGCACUAGAGAUUACGGUGAGUAGUCAUUCGGCGGCAGCUGCGCUCUAUCGUGACUUGAAUGGAGUAGGUAUUCUCGUGGAUCGGCUCAAGCUGGAGUGUGCUGGUAUUGCUGGCUCUAGAGCGGGUGCAACGAGCUCGUCAGUCGUGUCAGAAACGAAAACGGUGCUGUUGCUAGCCAUCUUGGCGUCGUUAUCCAUGUCGUUCCAUUCUCAGGGCGUGAUGAGCGCAGGAGCGACAAGCCGCGCUAUUCGCGAAGGAAGCGCUCUCAACAAGGUGUUACUACAGCUUCUGUCCAAUGUGGACAUCUUUGGACCCGUCGUAUUUGCUCAGACGGCGAUUGUGGUUUCUGAUAUUAUCAACAACGAUCCAGCCAGUGUGAAUCAUGUGCAUGCUGCAGGACUGGCAGAUGAGUUCUUGAAAACACUUACGCGAUGGGACAUUGCAGAGUUGUAUCCAUCUCGGAUUCUAUUGCCACCAUCCAGUGAAUUACUGACUGCAGUACCGACCGUGCUGAAUGCUUUGUGCCUCACGACAACUCACGCGGAGAAGGUGGCAAAGUACGAGCCGCUCAUGCAUCUUCUCGAUGUGUUUGCUCUUCCGCAGUACACAGAAGACGAAUCCAAAGACUACUGCUUCCAGGGCGAUACGGCGGCUGUCGUUGGUGCUGGCAUCUUUGAGCUAAUGCGACAUGUUCCAAGCUUUCAGAACGCUGCCAUUCAAGCUGCGGUUCAUGCUUUGAAGAAAGUGAUUCGAUUCGGAGAAGAGAGUAGUUCAUUGACAGCCUCGACGCUGCCCCAAUUUACCGGAGACAAGGCCAACAGAAUUUUAAUCCGCAUGACCACCCACGUGGCGGAUUUGUUGGAACCGUUGCUAUCCAAGUCGGAGCACGCGGCAUAUUUUGCGGAUCUUGGGGGCAUUCGGCUGCUUCUAGCGCUCUACCAACUAAUUUUGCCAAGCACUUCCUCGUUUUUGGAAAGUGCUUUGCCCAACAAGAAAACCGCGAGGAGUGGUUUGCCCGAAAACUCCCUGGCUCAUAAUCCGGCAGUGCAGUCGAUUACUCUUGCGCUUCGUUCAUACGCAUCCCAGCAGCCUACUAACCUUCUCGGGGCAAUCACCAAGGAACUGGGAGUGCAGAUGGAUAACCUGCAGCGCUCUCGUGCAAAGAUUGGAUUGCCGUGGUUCCUGAGCGAGAGCGGAGAGGGAGCCGAGAAAGUGUUGAGUUCGUUGCCGGAUGUUAAUUUGGCAGACUUGGUGGGUGGACUCGAAAAGAGCAGCGCUACGAACCCCAUUGCCGAUAAAGUCAUGGUUGUUGGAGAGUAUCUCCGUGUCCUGGCAGUGCUCGAGUGGCUUGCGUCUGUGCUCAUCUGGACGUUGGAAACGGCGCACACUCACAUGCAGAGUCGGCGAUGGUUUACAGACUUUACUACGUCGUCAACGCAGCAGAUUAUAGCACGUUUAUUUCGUGUGGACCGUUCGGUGCAAUUCGAGCGGGCGAGUUUGGCGGCACUACACCAGAAGAAGCGAAAGGAGACGAGUUUGGAAAAGCAGACUGACGGUGAGGCGGAUGCCAUCAUGGAAGGGACGGAUAAACCUGAUGUUGAUGCAGCCAAAAGUGGACCUCGACGUGCAGGUCUCUGGAAAAUGGGUUCUAUUCUUCUCCUACGCUUUUCACUGAGCAUGCGUGGGCUUCUAACAGCUUACAGCAAGGUGUUGUUGUCGGCUCCGAUGCAGCAUCGCCGUGGGGAUGAUAUCGUGGUGCCUUUAGCACCGCAUGCUCGAGCUCUAGCACGGACGGCGACGCAAAUAUUGGAGGGUCAUUUGCUGUAUGUCGUAUCUGUGACUCGUGCGACACAGAUUGAUACGUUUGUACAGCAGUACUAUCUCACGUUCCUGUUGGAGACCAUUUCAAUCGUACUUUUCGAGGGAAAGAAGAAGCAAGCCAACACUCUGUUGCUCGUUGAGCUCAUGAAGCCGAUCGGUGAUAUUUCGGAGGUGCAAGUACCGCCACAAACUCCUUCGUCAUCGAGUGAUGACGUACCUAUGGUUCAAGAGAGCGUCUCAGAUGGAGAAAGCGAUGGUGCCAAGGGUGGCAAAACGAUCGCUACUUGUGCCGGGGCACAAAUCACAGCUUCGAACCUUAUGGAUGUGAUCAUGAAUAUUAUUGAGCGUUUCUUCACGGUUUGUCUCGAAGGAGAGCAUGAUAAGGCUACUAGCCCUGGUAGCAAGUCCUCGCAGAUGGCGUUGACAUCGUUUCACAUCGCAGCAAGUGUUCUGCGAAAGCUGUCGAAUCUGGAAGGUUUAUCUGCAUCGCCGUUGACAGCUGCACUGCUUACAAGUGAUGAAGCAGGGGAGUCGGAUGACGCGCCAUUUGAACCUAAGAAACUCACGGUCCAGUUACAUACGAUGUGCGUGCGUGCGUUGCUGUCUAUUUGGAACAACCCGAAGUUUUCAACCUCGUCCGUGGAUGCGUGUUUGGCUGAGAUUAUGCCAAUUGCUGUGACAAUAUUGAAGAAUCGAAUGGAUGAUGACGAAGAAGCGUUGGGCUCGGAUGGCGAGCUAGGCCGUCGACAAGGAUUGGGCUUUAGUCGCAGCAACCGUGAAAGAAACUCCAGCACCGAACUUUAUAACGAAGCAUUGUCGCUUCGACGUGCUCUCUUUGGGGGGUCACGUGGGGGUGGAUCGUCUGGACUGGGAGGAAGUAGUCGACGCCAGUCUUUUGUACCAGAUUCGGAGAUUGUAGAGAGCUUGGUAUCGAUGGGUUUUCAGCAGCCACGAGUCGAGCGUGCACUACGACAUGUUCAAGUAAACAACAUGGAACUAGCCAUGGAGUGGAUUCUGGCUCACCCUGAGGACGAGAAUGAGGCGGAAGGUGAUGAAACGCAACACGACGAAGCUACAGGAGAGGAUAGCGCGGCUGCGGAAGCUGCCCGUCGUCGAGAGAGAGAAGCAACAGAGGAGAAGAAAAUGGAAGACGAGUUGCAAGCGCUGUACUCUUCACUGCGAGACAAUUUCGAAGCAGUGUGCUUUCAGAUCUUACGUGUGCAAGCUACAAAAGAAAAACAGGAAGAUCCGAAGCGCUCCAAAGAUGCGGAGACCAGCACUUUGUAUCCGAGCCAGAACUUGGUCAAGGCGAUCUCAGAGUAUUUCAGUUUCUUGUGCUCGCGCUCAGAUGAAGACCGCGAUUUGGUGAUCCAGCGUCUCAAUGCUGCUAUUAUCGAUUACUUCAACGGAGGUGCAGAAGACGGGGAUGAGUAUUUGACCAUGUUGACCCACCUGCUAGCUCUUGUACUUCAACUGAAUUCUGAUUCGUGGGCAGCGAUGCAACAGCAGUCACCUUCGUGUAUCGACAAGCUUGUGGCUUCAGUGUCGAGCAGCGAGUCUCUGAAGCCCUCCUGUACUCCAGUCCUGCUGGUUCUCGACGCCGUUGUUGCAGGUAGAUCAGCUAAACAAGCGUCUAAUGCAGGGUCACGAUCUCUCGAUGCCGCUCUGGUGAGUACCGAAGUGAAGAACGGAGACGAGUCGAAAGAAGAGAGCAGUGGUUCAGCGAACCAGGCCGAGGACGCCGCGUUCGAGCAGCAACUGGUAACAAUUUGCCUGGAAAUGCUAAAACGAGGAUCAUCUGCGACAUCAACUACUGACAGGAAAGCGAUAGCUCAUGCGAUUUGGCAGCUUCUGUCGCACUUGACGCUAAAGUACGACCUGGCAUCGUUUUUCUCGACCCAUGGCGGGCUUGAUGCUGUACUGGACAUCCCGGAAGGCCUAUUCUUCGUCGGAUACCAGGAACUGACUGGCACGUUGCUCUCGCAGGUUUUAGAAUCUCCCGAGGUUCUAGAGCAUAUGAUGGAAGAGAAGAUUCGGCGAGCGAUCACCAAAUUGUCGACGCGAUUUGGCGCACCCAGCCAGAUGCGUAUCACACCGCGCGCGUUGCUGACAGAAGUCGCCCCAUUCGCAGCUCGUAAUGAAACGGUGUUCCUCAAAGCAUUGCAGAAUUCGGUACGGGUGAAGAAGACCGAGUCAGGCCGAACAUACAUUGUGCCUAGACCGAAAAAGGCCGACAGCUCUGAAGCAGCUACAAGACAAUCUGCAGGCCAAUCUCUGUCGGCGCAAGACAGCGCGGCUAGUGGAACGAGAGCUCCCCAUAAGUUUCCGAAGGACCACAAGCAUCAGGCCCACGUAAUUGUGCACAAGAUCAUUGGACGCAUCCGUCGAUUGUGGGAAGUCGAAAAGCAUGCCAAGAAGCAGCGCGACGUGCAACAGACAUUGAACAACACGUCAGCAGGGAUGUGUGUGGGGGUGUAUUUGCAGCUACUCGUGCAUCUGAUCACGUACUUCCCUGCAUGCGCGACGGUCCUUGCAAAGGCAAAAGAUGAAGUCGAUUCGCACAGAGCACGCGAAAGCUUUAUUCGCUUGGUGUUGCGCGAGUUUUUGCCUUCGCGUGAGCUUUGCCAGUUUGCUGCGGCUCGUAAGGCGUUGAAGGAGGACGGGUAUUAUGGUAACAGCAGACUUGGUAGCGGCGAUGCAGAUCUGCUGGUUGCAGAUGUGAAACUAUUUGUUGACAGCCGCACAAGGAUGCGUGUGCACAACGCACAUCGACUACUAGUGAGGAUCGGCAGUCAUUCUGGAGAAGGCUCAAAGUGUAUCAUCUUAGAGCUUGUUCAUUUGCUUCAAGAGUGGCCACAGAAUGGUGCUGUGGAUCUGGCGAACGAGAAUGACGAUCUGAGCGUGCGCGAUGAACAUGCUUUGAGCUCGUUGCAUGCAUGGUCAGGCUUGAUCAUGAGUAUCUUGUGGCCAAAGGGAUCGUCGAAGGGGUUUGCCUGGGAUAAGGUCGUAUUGGGUGGGGGUCUCAAGGGCAAACACUCCUUUGUAACACUACUGGCUGAGGCGCUGCGCAAAAUCGAUUUGACACAUCCAUUGGCGCACGCUACUUGCACUAUGUUGCUUCGCCCACUGUCCACGCUGACGCGUUCUUUUGUGACACAUCGCGUGAGACGUCUGCUAAAGAAGCGAAACCACGGUUCAUCUGUCUCGGGUGACGCUGCGGAAGGCAGUCAAGCUCUGUCGACAAGCGGUGCAGACUCGCGGACGUCAGUCGCUGCAGGAGCAUCUUCAGCUGCAGCUUCGGGUUCUACAGAUACUUCUGCCCAGGGUGACAUAAUGGAAGUGGAUAUAGACACCCGAGAAGCAGCGAAUAGCUCUGGAUCAGGCUUUUAUCCGCUGCGGGAAGAGGACGAUGAUGACGUUUCAAUGCGAUCUCCGUUAUCUGCCAUGGACGAUCAUGACAUGCACGAUGAUGACGACGAUGAGGACCACAGCGAAGACGACCGCAGUGAUCGCAGUAGUGUAUCUGAUCACUCAACGGAUGAAGGAGAAGGCGAAGAAGACGAGGAUGAUGAGAACGAUGACGACGAUGAAGAUGAAGACGAUGAUGAAGAGGACGAUGAUGAAGAUGAUGAUGACGAGGACGAAGAAGAAUUUGAGGACCAUCACCAUCUUCACAUCUCUCGUCGUACGGGUGGCCAUGGAACGAGUCGCCGUACAUCUUCGAAUCGACUGUGGGGAUCUCUUGACUCGGAGCUUUCGAUUUUGGAUGCGCUGGAUGAAGUUGACGAAGAAGAAUUUUCCUACUUGUUCAUGCUCGAUGAUGAGGCGUUCUUUGCUGAAGAACAACGACGUCGCGCUCGCCUCGCGGCAGCUCGAAAUGGUACACCGGGUACUAAUGUCAACGAGGGGAGCCAGCAAUCCAGAAGCUCUGAGGACAGACUGGUAGAGUCUAUGCGUGAUGCACUCGGUCUGUACAAUAGUAACGGUGGCAACGGAUCGAGUUCUUCGAGUAGCGGACAGACUCUCGUGCUGACGUUUGGCGACGCAGAAGUCGACGACGAUGUCGAGGGCGAAGCUCAAGCAGCUCUCGCUAACACAAGAAGUCGUAUGGGCAGUGGCAAUGGACUUGCAUCGUCUACUAGCUCGCAAAGUCGAUUGGGAGGUGGUUCUGGCAGUAUGGCGAACUCGCUUCUCCAGUACAUUGAAGAGUUGCCAGAUAUGCUUGAUGACGACUUUCUCUUUGAAUCAUUUGAUGCCGGUGGAAGAGGCGAUCGAUCCCGUCGUGAACGCCAAUUGGGACGCACGGGUGGCAACGGUGUGGAUCAUCUCACUGCAAGCGCUACGACCCAUCCGCUGCUGCGCAUGAGUGGCCGUGGAGACGCGAUUUUAUUGGAUUCGAACGGAUUAUUGCGUAACCCUGGCCGGUUUUCGCUGCCUCGCCAUUCGUCUCUUCUGCGCGAGCUACAAGAACUGACUGACCAGGUUCAGACGCAACUACCGCUGGGUGGCAGCCGAUCCCGGUUAGCAUUGAGCCGCGACUUGCUGCAACGCGGUGGCGCAGGAAGCCGUGGACGACCUCCCAGUCGUAUCAACCGUCUGUCUGCUGUAUCCAAUCUGCUAAGUGAGUUCUCGCUGGAUAUCCCGAACUCCACAAUGCCAUCUCGCAGCCAACGUAUCGGCUUCCGACGAGGUGAUCGCGACAUUUUUAGUGAUGUUUUUGUCGGCGUUGAUUUGUCUCGUGGACUUGGUAGUCGUGGUGGCAAUGGAAUGGGUGGAACCGCCUCCAACCCUGCCAUUUGGGGUCCUGGCGGUCUAGGACGUGAUGUAGAUGUUCGGUCGAUGGCUUCCAGACUCGAGCAACAAAUCACACGCAUUUGCGCCGAUGAUGAUGAGCCAACUGUUGCCCCUGCCACUGGACGAGAUGAAACAGCUUCCAGUCACGACGUUGACGAUAUCAUGGAAGAUCGUAGUGCUACUGGGACACCGCGAAGUGGAGAGCACACUGCAAGCGACUCUAGAGCUUCUAAUGUUGCUGAAGGAAGUGACGCUCAACCGGAUGCUUCAGCGAACAGAGAUAGGACGGAGAGAUCCGAAGCGGCUACAGAAGCUGCUUCUGUCUUGGAGCUUACGAGUACUCUUGGAGAAUCGUCGUUGCUACGGUCACCUGAAUCUGAUGUCGACGUGGAUAUUGUAGACGCAGACACCGAAACGUUGUCUGAAGGCCGAGACACAACAGUUGGUUCUUCAUCAGCUGUGAACUCUGGACGAGGAAGCAGCUUCGAGAGUGCCGCGCCUCCUCCUGCACCGACGUCUCUCGGUUCUACCGCUACAUCCACAACGACUACGGCACCUUCGCCUUCGGAUUCCAUGAUGAACUUUACGCUCGAUUUAUCUGGAUUUAGAGCGACAUCUUCCCAAUCCCCUGCAGCCAGCGAUAAUACUAGUCGGGCUCGGAAUGUCGAAGAAGAGUCGAAGUCAGAGGAACUACCGUCGUCUGAGACACAGCCGUCAUCCGGUGACGCUGCUUCGCAAGAGUUGUCGACUGUGUUACUUGGUCAACCGGAAGAGCAGCAGUAUCAAUGUCCCGAAGGUAUGGAUGCUGAAGUUUUUGCCUCACUGCCGCCAGACAUGCAAGCGGAGAUCAUCGCGCAGAACGCUCCUGCAGUCACUGAGUCCACAAGCGCGCGCAGUGAUACUGCUACAGCAGGAGGAGCUGGUGGUGCCUCGGAAAGUAUGUCACAGAUGGAUCUGGACAUGGCCAACUCAAGUUUUGAUCGCGAGACGCUCGAGGCCUUGCCUCCGGAUAUCAGAGCAGAAGUGCUGGAAAAUGAACGGCGCGAGCGUGAAGCAGCUGCACGUGCCGAGACUGCGGAUACAUCACGUGCUCAAGAGAUGGAUAAUGCCUCCUUUGUCGCUUCACUGGCACCAGAAUUACGCGAGGAGAUCCUGGUUACUUGUGACGAUGCGUUCCUGCAGACAUUGCCGUCACAGGUUCGUGCUGAAGCCAUGGUACUGCGUGAACGCGCGGCUUUCCGCUCCACGUAUCGCGAACGCGAGCGUGGAACAGCGGAGCGGGGCGGCGGUGGUGGCGAAGGCGACAUGGACGAGCUGUUUAAUCGCCCUACCUUGCGACGCAUGCUGACUUCUCAUAGCCCAGAGAGAGGAAGCGGUCGUCGGCGGUCUCGUAUGUAUGACGAACUCGGUGGAGGACGUCGUAGUAGUCGUCGUGAAUAUCGACAAGGAGCUGGCGGCUCCAAGGCUCACAAGGGUUUGCUGCGCGUUGAGAAGGACGAAGAUGAGGAAGCUGGUGAGCGAAUCUUUGACGAUCGCUGCGUGCGCGGUUUGCUCCGUCUACUUUUUAUGACCCAGUCCGUCAUCCAGAAUCGGGUGUUCCAGCGACUGCUUGCCAAUAUUUGCCUGUACCCGUUGACGCGUUGCAGCGUUCGGCGUAACCUACUGCGAGUAAUUUCGUUACCGCUUUCUCAGCCCUUAAUUCCUGGAGAUGAAAAGGACGAUGACGAUGACGGCAGCAGCAAGAUUGAGUUCCCACCGAGCAGGAUGUACGGAUGUGGUAUCGAUGGAAACCAUGCCAUCGGAGCUUCGGCUGUACCCGCCGAAGUGGUGAACCGCAUGCUUCACGUUCUUGUGUCACUAGCCAAGUACAAUCCGCGGUUUACGGUGGAAAUGCUACAGCCUCAUGGCAUGCGUCAUACAUCGAGUGGAAAAGACGAUUCCGUGAAAAUGGAGACUCAGAAAUCCGAUGAAUGCGGCGUUGCUGUCCUUAUCGACUUGUUGUCCCUGCCUGUGGUGUAUCGCAACGGUACGAACUUGGAUGCGUUGCUGGAGUUACUUGAGUUGGUUCUAUCGCCUCUGGAGCGACUGCACAAGCCAAAUAAGGAAGAUGAGGAGAAGAAGGAAGGCGAUGAAGGUGACGCGUCAACUCCGGAGCCUGGCGAUGAAUGGGUAGCAGUCCCAGCGGUUGAGCUGGACGAGGCGCGUAUGGCUGAGAUAGUGUCCGUGUUGAGCAUGGACCUCUGUACAGUUCAGAUGCAGGAGCGCACACUUGCGGUGUUGAAGCUACUGAACCAUGUGAGUGGAAACCGCGAGCUUAUUAUCCGUGCAAUAGUUCGCCAUGCGAGCACGCUCGCUCACGUUGAUCAGUACAAUGGAGGAAAGUUACCUGCUGGAGUUACUGGAUACGAGUCGUCGGCAGUGCUGCCGUCUGCACAGGAUGAACUCAAGCUCCUUCGACUACUUCAUUCUUUGUCAGACGUCUGCGAGAGCACGGCGGACUUUGCUGAGUGUUGUCAAACCAUCGGUUUGGACCCGCUGUGGGAUGCUCUAAGCUUGUCACUGACUGAAGCACGUGCGAAGGGUGGUCUUGACGACCAGGACAGCACUGCUGCUCCUUCAGCUACAGCUUCUUCUGCUGGAACAGAAUCCCAGACUGCUGUAGGGGACGACGCAGAAGGAAUGGUGAUUGAAGGCAAGAGUGCAGGUGCUUCAUGUGCGAUGGCGGCGCUGUUGGCUCGGUUCCUUCCUCUUGUGGAGGCAUUCUUUGUGGUUAAUGCUCGAGACGCAGCUUCAAUGUCGUUGCGUGUACCUGAUUCAAGUGAGCGUGAAGAGGCAGUCGUGGCAGCGCUGCGUGUUGCUGGCUUCGAUGGCGCGGGUGCUACAGCACUAAUGGAAAACGAGCAAAAGACGUCGCCGAAGAGCGUGCUCAAACGCACGUCGUCGGCACUGUCGUCAUUGUCCGAGGCCAGUGAGACCAUGAGGCUGGCAAACUUCGUGGAGUCGAACCGUGUGUUGUUGAAUCUUCUCGUUCGCGAAAAGCCUGCGUUACUGGAUACCUCCUUAGCAGCCUUGAUCAAGAUCCCUCGCUGCAGAGCUUAUCUAGCGUUCGAUAACAAGCGUACCUACUUCCACAGCGCCAUGAAGCGUCUGCGUCAAGCAGCACUGCGGAAUCACGGAGGUGGCAGCUCUUCUGUACGCAUCCCGGUACGUCGAGAACACAUCUUUGAGGAUUCGUACUAUGCCUUGAGGAUGCGUAGCGGCACUGAGUUGCGACGAAAGCUGCACAUUUCCUUCACUGGAGAAGAAGGUAUUGACGCUGGUGGAGUGACGCGAGAAUGGUAUAUGAUUCUGGCGCGUGAGAUGUUCAAUCCGAACUACGUGCUGUUCACAUCUGCCGCUGACUCGCCAACGUUCCAGCCGAAUCCUCUGUCCUACGUAAACAAGGAUCACCUCAGCUACUUCGAGUUUGUUGGAAAGGUGCUUGGUAAGGCCGUUGCAGACGGGCAGCUUCUUGAUGCUCACUUCACGCGCUCGUUCUACAAGCACAUCUUGCAGUUGCCGAUUUCGUAUCACGACAUGGAAGCUAUCGACCCGGAAUAUUAUCGCAAUCUCCACUCGAUCCUAGAUAAUUCGAUUGCGGAUCUUGGACUUGAAUUAACUUUCUCAGCGGAGCAGUCGAACUUUGGCAAGGUGGAGGUGGUCGACUUGAUUCCUAAUGGUCGAAAUGUUCCCGUGACGGAUGAGAACAAGAUGGAGUAUGUGAAGCUGGUGACUCAUCAUCGGAUGGCUACAGGCAUUCGACAGCAGAUCGAUGCGUUCCUCAAGGGUUUCCACCAACUCGUACCUCCUGAAUUAAUCGCAAUCUUCAACGAGAAUGAGCUGGAGUUGUUGAUCUCGGGAAUGCCUGAGAUUGAUAUCGAUGACUUGAAGGCCAACACGGAAUAUGCCAACUACAAACCCACCGACUCGGUUAUCCGCUGGUUCUGGAACGUGUUGUACUCGUUCACUCAUGAAGAGCGAGCUCUCUUCCUGCAGUUUGUGACUGGUACGUCUAAGGUGCCUCUGGAAGGCUUCAAGGCUCUGGAGGGAAUGCGUGGCACUCAGAAGUUCAACAUCCACAAGGCUUUCGGCAACAACAGUGCGUUACCGUCCGCGCAUACAUGUUUCAACCAACUGGAUCUACCUGAGUACGAGAGUGAGGACAAGUUGAAGCAGUGUCUUCUGCUCGCGAUCCGUGAGGGAUCGGAGGGAUUCGGCUUUGGCUAA